AUGACGCCCGCAGCGUCCGCUCGCACCCCAAUAGCCUCAUCGCCUGCGCUGCACUUCCCUUCGAGCAGCAGCCCAGCCAAGAGCGCUGCGUCGGGUGGGACAGCCACCUCCUCCCCUUCGGGCACUCCUCGCGGGCAUGGCCCAGCCGGUAAUCGCCGCACUGCACCUAGCAGCUCUCUUCGUUCAGUCGGUGAUGAGCCGCUCUUCUUUCCUAGCUCUCAACAAUCAACUCCUCGCCCCCGUCGAGGAGAGCUCCACGGCUCAAGCGUGCUUGCCUCUCCUUCGGUACAGCGACGCCAGCGUGCUCUUGGUCAAACGGCCAGUGAUCCCAUCGGCAGCCAAGAUGGUGAUGCUCGACGCCUGCGCAGUGACUUCUCGUACUCGCAGCAGGGCGACCAGACGACGGAUCCUGCUGCGGCGCCGGACACAGAGCAGAAGGUCAUUUGGGGUACGGCAGUCAGCAUUGGAGAGACGAUGACCAUGUUCCGAUCUUUCCUUCGAGGCUUCCGCCUCAAGUACCGCUGGUCCUACCAGAAGCAGCACCAUCCCGAGGUCGCUCGCAAGCCACGAACCUCUAGCGACGCCGAAUUCCUCCUCUACGAGUCCUACUUGCGCCGCAUGCGCCAGACCGACCAGACGUCCCUCAACCUGCGCGCCUCCGACCUGGCCGCCUACCCACCCACGCACAAGCUUGCCCACUUCCUCGUCAAGUACCCCAAUGAGAUUAUCCCCAUCAUGGACCAGGUUCUCAAAGACGAGAUGAUUGAGCUGGCAUACGACGACGCCAAGGAGCAGCGCGACGGCAUGGAGGGCGAGCUCGGCGCACAGGAGAUCGAAAUGAUGGAGGGACGCCUCUAUAAGGUCAGGCCCUACGGCCUAGACGCGAUCAACAUGCGCAACCUCAACCCGGGAGACAUCGACAAGUUGGUCACUGUGCGGGGCUUGGUAAUCAGAGCCACGCCGAUCAUUCCAGACAUGAAACAGGCCUUUUUCCGCUGCUUGGCUUGCAAUCAUACGGUGCAGGUCGAGCUCGACAGGGGCAGGAUCGCCGAGCCUAGCCGCUGCCCUCGCGAUGUCUGCGGGCAGGACGGCACGAUCACACUCAUUCACAACCGCUGCGAGUUUGCGGACCGCCAAGUCGUCCGCCUUCAAGAGACGCCCGACGUUGUGCCGGAUGGACAGACGCCACACACGGUAACGCUGUGCGUGUACGAUGAGCUGGUCGACCUCAGCAAGCCCGGUGACCGAGUCGAGAUCACGGGCGUCUUCCGCUCGCAGCCCGUCCGCGUCAAUCCUCGCGCUCGCACGCAGAAGAGUCUCUACAAGACGUUUCUGGAUGUCAUCCACGUCAAGCGCGGGGAUGCCCGUCGUAUGGCCGUAGACGCAAGCACGCGAUCCGAGUCGGAACAGGCUGCGGGCCGUGGUGCCCAAGCUCUGGGUGUUGGGGGCGAGGACGACGAUGAUGAUAUCGACACUGGUGCUGCAGCUGCUCAGGGAUCUGCGCCCGCUAGUGACGAGCUGGUGGAGAAGCUGAAGGCAAUCGCUGAUCGUCCGGAUGCUUAUGAGCUGUUGGCAAGGAGUCUGGCUCCCAGCGUCUACGAGAUGGACGACGUCAAGAAGGGCGUUCUCCUUCAACUCUUUGGAGGCACAAACAAGACCAUCUCCACGGGCGGCGGUGCGGGCGGUCCGCGCUACAGAGGCGACAUCAACGUGCUCAUGGUGGGCGACCCCGGUACCAGCAAGUCUCAAAUGCUCUCCUACGUACACCGGAUCGCGCCACGCGGCGUUUACGCCUCAGGCAAAGGUUCCUCCGCAGUCGGUCUGACCGCCUAUGUUACCCGUGACCCCGACACUAAGCAGCUGGUUCUUGAGUCGGGCGCUUUGGUUCUCUCAGACGGAGGAGUCUGCUGUAUCGACGAGUUCGACAAGAUGUCCGACGCCACCCGCUCUGUCCUGCAUGAGGUCAUGGAGCAGCAGACGGUUUCCAUCGCCAAGGCCGGCAUCAUCACGACCCUGAACGCGCGCACGUCUGUGCUUGCUGCGGCGAACCCCGUCGGGUCCAAGUACAAUGUCAAGCUGCCCAUCACGCGCAACAUUGACUUGCCACCUACCCUAAUCUCGAGGUUCGACCUCGUCUACCUCGUGCUGGAUAAGGUCGACGAGUCGGCCGACCGCAGGCUCGCUCGCCACCUGGUUGGCCUCUACCUCGAAGACACGCCUGCUCACGGCAGCUCAAGCGGCGGAGAGGUCAUCCCCGUCGAGCAGCUUACAGCCUACAUCAGCUACGCUCGCAACCAUAUCCAGCCCGUCAUCAGCGCUGCCGCAGGAGACGCUCUGGCUCGUCGCUACGUGGAGCUGCGCAAAGUCGGUGAGGAUCCGCGCAGCUCGGAGCGUCGUAUCACUGCGACGACUCGUCAGCUGGAAAGCAUGAUCCGUCUCAGCGAGGCGCAUGCGAGGAUGCGCUUCUCAGAGGAGGUAACCGAGGACGACGUGGAGGAGGCUUGCCGCUUGAUUAAGGAGGCGGCCAAGUCGUCUGCGACGGACCCGACUACUGGUCUCAUCGACUUGGACCUGAUCAACACGGGCCGAGGUAUGGCGCAGCGAAAGUUGGCGGGCGACCUCAGACGUGAGGUGCUGCAGUUGCUCGAGGAGAUGGGUGGUGGGAGUGCCGCUGCCGGUGGGGGCAAGGCGGUGCGUUAUCAGGAUAUGGCGCGUCAAUUGAACGAGCAGAGCACUGUGCCCGUAGAUGCGUCGGAGCUUUACGAGCUGGUGAGGAGCCUGGAGGCUGAAGGGGUCGUCAAGACGGCAGGCGAGAGGGAGAGGAAGACGAUUAGGAGGAUGGUGGCGUGA